AUGAGUGAGGAAGAUAAUCUAGAAUUGCAAUAAAUAAAAGAACCAGUUGAUGAACUCGAGCCAAAUGAGUAAUUUAUCCCAAGAGUUCCACCUCGUGAAAUACUGAAUAACAUGAACUCUUGGUAUAGAAGAUUAAAAUUUAAUAUAUUCACCAAUCCUUAAAUACUGUAAAAGUAAAAAGACACUCAAAAGCAAAUGAAAUUAUAUUGCGCCUAGCUCAAGUUUAACCCUCAAAUGGAAAUCAGCAGGCCAGAAGAUACUUACACUACUUAAAGAUUAUAGAGCAACUUCCAAAUUAAAUGCUUUGCUACUUUGUUUAGCGCCCUUGAUAUGGAUUAUUACGGAAGAACUACUGAGUCUUAAAAAAUUUCAUUGGUCACUGAUCCAAGUAAUCUUAAAAUUCUGAGACCAUCUGAUAUUGAUUUAAGCUUUAAUGACUUUCAAGUAUUUAUGAUAACAAAGAAAUUUAAUAGAGAUUCCUUCUUGGUCAUAGAUAUUGCUCUUAUAGAGAUUUCUGUAAAGUAGGAAUAGAUCUAUCAUUAAUUAGGAUUCGUUGUUUUGCCACUAUUCUAAAAUUAUGAUCCUUUAAUUCCAAUGAGAUAUAUUUAUAAGGGAUCUCCUAGAUUGCUUAAUAGCUUAAAGCCAGACUCACUUUAUGAAGAACAGAUACCUUAACUUAAAAGUAUAGGUAAAUAAAUAAAUUACAGAUUUCUCGAAGUUAAUGAUAAGUAGCAAAUAAAGAAGUUUAUUAGUAUUGCAUAGCUGAUUUCAGAUUCUUAAAUAUUUAGCUGUGAGGAUUACUUUCCUGGUAUUGUGGGAAAUCGCUUCCCUUAAAAAAUUCUGAGAAUGCCAUUUAGAAUGAAUCAAGGACUGAAAAAGACUCUCUAUGUUUAUCGUUUAAGAAUGGUCUUUGAAGGUAUUAGUGAGACAGAUAUAAUAGUGAGACUUAAGCAAAGAGCGUAAAAAUUACUGUAAUUACCUGUAAACAGUAAAAUAUAAAUCCAAAUAGAGGAAAGAAGAGUUAUAAUUUUUGCACAUAAUACUUGGAGAUAGAUUGGCAAAGAACUAGAUUUGAAUCUAUAAGAACCUGUUGAUAAUGUAGGAUAAGGAGUAUAAGUCUUAUACGCUGGAGCAAAUAUAUAAUUAUCAGAUUUCGUUAUAGAUCCCUAAAUUGCAACAGUUUUCAAGAUAUACUAUUCUACACGAAUUAUUGUGAAUGAUACUCGAGUCUUUAAGGAUACAUUUAACUUUGCUAAUUUCAUUUAUCUACCUACUUUGAUAACUCAAAAGCAGUAUGAUGAUAUAGUUGAUGAGAUUUUUACUUAGGAGGUAUAUUUAAAUCAUGAAUAGACUUAGUUUUUCGGAGAUGUUUCUUACUUCCAUCCUUCAAAAUAACCAGUAAAAGCGGUACUCUAAGCUAUAAUAUCGACUAAGGUAUCAGCUGCUACCAAUUUAGAUAUUGCAAAUUUAAGAGUUCAAGUUGAUAAAUCAAAGAAAAGAUCUGAGGAAGAAUAGAUACUAUCUGAAAUACCUUCAGAUUAAUUUCGCAUUCAAGUUCAAAACGAGUUAUUGAUAAGAAGAUAGCUUCAAGGAGACCUGAUAUAUUAAAAAUAGGAACAAGGACGCUAGAUUGAAGAAAUUGAAAAACUAAAAUUUAAACAGGAUGUCAAAACUGGUUUGACCUACUUUGAUAAAGUUCAAGAGAUAGUCAAGUAAGGAGAAAAAGAAGUAGAGGAUUUAAAACAACAAUACGAAAAUAACUUGAAUAAACUCAUUUAGAUAACAAAUUAAGAUGAAUUCAAAGAGAAAAUAAACAAUCUUAGUGAAAAUAAGAUCAUAGUAGAAAAAAUAGAGCAGGAGAGAUCUAAGUACGAAGAUCACUUAAAAAGAAUAUCUGAGUAAAAUCAAGAAUUACUUGAUGAAAUGGAGAUAGAGAAAAGUACAGAGAUGACUAGAUAGCAAACACUUGCAUUCAUUAGACUAGGACAUCUUCAGAUGUUUAAUCAUAACUUUAGUGAAAGGAGUGAGAUCAAAUUAUAAAGGGAGCUCAAUGAUGCUUAGAGAAAAAGUAAAUAUCAGAUUACAAUACUUGGUUUUGAAGGUGAAUAAAAUCCUGGAUCAAAACUCCUAAUUAGAUUAAAAUUUUUCACAAGAACAUCACAGUAGCAACUUGGCAGAUUAAUCAUUUAGAAAAAUACUUCAAAUGUAUAUCGAAAACAUGAAAAAUCUCUUUUUUGGAUUAGAUAAUUCGAUUUCGAUACUAAAAUUCAAAAUAAUAUGACUUUUACCUACGAUAUUGACUGUAUUCAUGAAAGAGAUAUGAGUGAUUUCUUUAAAUAUAUGUAUUAAGGAUUCCUGCAAGUUGAAAUAUUCGAUUAUCACACUCUUUUCUAAAUCGCAACUGGAAGUUGUAAUGUAAUAACAUCACUAAGACAAGGUAAAGAAUACUAAGUCGUGGGCUAUAGUCUUAAAAUGAGAGAUUUCAAUUAAAAAUUACUGGGAAAUCUGUUUAUAAUGGUUGAAAAUAUAGGAUAGUUUAUUCCUUAAGAUUAUAUAGAUGAGGCAAACAGAAUUCAUAGUAAUUAAGAAGAAAAGAAAAAAGUAUACUCGAAGGCAAAUGACGAAAUGUUCCACCAUUCAUUAGUAGAUACUUUUAUUGAUGAUCAUGAUUUUGAUAAGGAAAAUAUGGAUGAAUCAGAGAGAAAAAGAUUAAGAGUUUAACGAUUCAUGAAGAGCGGAGCUAGUCUUAUCCAACCUCUUAAGGUUGAAGCUAAUAAUAUUGAAAAAGAACUAUAGCUUAAGGAAUUCAUGUCAUCUAAGCAGCUAAAUUAAUCUAAAGUAGCAUUAGAAAAAUUGAAUCAAGCCAUACUGAAGCAUAAAUCAAUAGAUGUGAGAUAGGGAGAACCUUCCUUCUAUAUUCUUGAGAUUAAAAAUCCUUAUGAAGCAGAUGAGAUAUUUACAGUUGAAAUUAAAGACGAGGUAAUCAUUUCACUUGAUUUAGAGCCUGAAGUUAAAAUCAUCACUGAUAUAAAUGAGUUGAAAUUUUGGGUUUCUAAAGGGUUUUAUCAUUAAAUAGAUCUUUAGUAGUUAGCUGAUGAGUAUAGCGAAAUAUUCCUAUCUGAGGGCAGAAUGUUUUUGAAAAAGAGGCAAUCCAUAAGAUUACUAAUAAAAAUAUUAACCUCAAGGGAAUCUAAAUGUUAAGAGCAAGAAGGACUAAUUGAAGAUGUAAAUUAUUUUGGUAAAAGGAUUGUGCAGCUCACAGUUUAUCAUUAGAAUAAAGACGUAUACACAAUUAGUAAUAUCGAGAUUGUGCCCAGAUAUUAAAAUUAUGAAGUAUUGGAACUAAAAGAUCACUAUAUCUAGGCUGAUAAGAAAAAUGAGAUAUUACUAAUAAAAAAUUUUAGCAGAAGAAUCUCCAGUAUUAAUGCUGAAUUAGAUAAGGAUCUGCAGCAAAAAUACACAUUCAAAUCUAAUCUUAAUGCCAACAUACUCUACAAUGAAUAAGAAAAUCUUAGGAUUAAGUUUACUUCAUCUAAUCAUGUAGGAAAAGUCUAUGAUAUCUUUAUUUUUGUCUACGAGAAAUAAGAUUUCCUAUUUUAGCCGUUACACAUCUAUAAAUUCUCACUAUAAUCAGCUCUAUUCUUAAAACCUAACAUGAAGCUAGGUAAAGAAUCUGUAAUUGACUUAGAUCUGAACAGGAAAAAGGGAAAGCUAAGACUUUUGAAAAUGAGUGAGAAGAUGAUGCUCCAAAAUAAUAUAAAUCUAAUGAUUGAUCCAAAUGAGGACGAUAAAUACUAUCUUAACUUAGUCAGUCUAGGAGAUAAACUUAUAAAAAACCCAGAUGGUUCCCACUAGGAUUUUGAAACAUAAAAUAAGACAAGGUUUUAUUUGAAUUUAGUGGAUAAUAAGACUAAAGCCGUCAAGUAUCCUAUUAUAGUUGAACCUCAUUUUAAAAGACCUAAAAUAGAUAGGUACAUUGAAAUCAAACUUCAUGAGAACUAGGAUGCUUUUAAAUUGAAGAUAAAAAAUCCCUUUAUUAAUACAAGAAUCUGUUCGCUAUUGGUUUAAGAUAUAGAAGUAAUUUAAUGUUAUCAAACAAUGGCUAUUGCUGAUAAGAAAAAUAUGAUUGAAUUUAAGUUUAGAGUAAUUACUCAAUAGAGAAAUAAAAUUGAGACUGUGAUUAGUAUAGUGCCUUUGUUUCUUGGAUAUGGUGACUCAAUGAAUUUUUUUAUUAAAAUAGCGCCAAUAUAGUACAAUUGA